GCCGCCGCGGUCGCCAUGGCGAUCGGCCCCGCGGCCAACCCCGCGCCGCUUCCGGUGACGCGAGCGCCGACACGUGGAUGCAAGAUGGCGGCGUCGGCGGCGAUGGAAAGGCUAAGGUAUAUGCUGGUCUUGCUGUUGUUGCUGCACGGUACAGACUCAUUCUAUGUACCUGGGGUGGCUCCUAUCAACUUCCACCGCAAUGAUCCCGUAGAAAUAAAGGCUGUGAAGCUGACCAGCUCCCGGACCCAGCUGCCCUACGAGUACUACUCACUGCCCUUCUGCCAGCCCAGCAAGAUAACCUACAAGGCCGAGAACCUCGGUGAGGUUCUUCGUGGGGACCGAAUUGUAAAUACGCCUUUCCAGGUUUCCAUGAACGUGGAGAAGAAAUGUGAGGUUCUGUGUAACUUUCCCAACAAGCCAGUCGUUCUGACGGUGGAGCAGAGCAAGCUGAUCGCCGAGCGCAUCAGGGAGGAUUACUACGUCCACCUCAUUGCUGAUAACCUCCCUGUGGCAACACGGCUGGAGUUUUAUUCCAAUCGUGAGGAAGAGGAGAAGAAGAAGGAGAAGGAUGUGCAGUUCGAGCAUGGAUAUAGGCUGGGGUUUAUGGACGGUAACAAGUUCUACCUGCACAACCACCUCUCCUUCAUCCUUUACUACCACAGAGAGGAUGUGGAAGAGAGCCAGGAGCACACCUACAGGGUGGUGCGCUUUGAGGUGAUUCCCCAAAGCAUUAAACUGGAAGACUUGAAGGCUGAUGAGAAGAGCAUGUGUACCCUGCCCGAAGCCACGGGUUCUGCCCCUCAGGAGAUAGAUCCCACUAAAGAGAACCAGCUGCUCUUCACCUACUCUGUGCACUGGGAGGAAAGUGACAUCAAGUGGGCUUCCCGCUGGGACACGUACCUGACCAUGAGUGACGUGCAGAUCCACUGGUUUUCCAUCAUCAACUCAGUUGUGGUCGUGUUUUUCCUUUCAGGGAUUCUCAGCAUGAUCAUCAUCCGGACCCUGCGCAAGGACAUCGCCAACUACAACAAGGAAGAUGACAUUGAAGAUACCAUGGAGGAAUCUGGUUGGAAACUUGUGCAUGGGGAUGUCUUCAGGCCUCCACAGUAUCCUAUGAUCCUCAGCUCUCUCCUGGGUUCUGGAAUUCAGCUCUUCUGUAUGAUCCUGAUUGUCAUCUUUGUUGCUAUGCUGGGGAUGCUGUCGCCUUCGAGCCGGGGUGCGCUGAUGACAACUGCCUGCUUCCUCUUCAUGUUCAUGGGGGUUUUUGGUGGAUUCUUUGCUGGCCGCUUAUACCGGACUCUGAAAGGCCAUCGGUGGAAGAAGGGAGCCUUUUGUACAGCGACCCUGUACCCGGGCGUCGUCUUCGGCAUCUGCUUCAUCCUGAACUGUUUCAUCUGGGGGAAACACUCCUCUGGUGCGGUGCCUUUCCCUACCAUGGUGGCCUUGCUCUGCAUGUGGUUUGGGAUCUCCUUGCCCUUGGUCUACUUGGGUUACUACUUUGGAUUUCGCAAGCAGCCCUACGACAAUCCUGUACGGACAAAUCAGAUUCCCAGGCAGAUCCCGGAGCAGAGGUGGUACAUGAAUAAAUUCGUGGGGAUCCUCAUGGCUGGUAUCCUGCCUUUCGGAGCCAUGUUCAUCGAACUGUUCUUCAUUUUCAGUGCAAUCUGGGAGAACCAGUUCUAUUACCUUUUCGGCUUUCUCUUCCUGGUGUUUAUAAUUCUGGUGGUAUCCUGCUCCCAGAUCAGCAUUGUCAUGGUGUACUUCCAGCUCUGUGCUGAGGAUUAUCGCUGGUGGUGGAGGACCUUCCUGGUGUCAGGAGGAUCUGCCUUCUAUGUGCUGAUCUACGCUGUAUUCUACUUUGUGAACAAGCUGGAUAUUGUUGAGUUCAUUCCCUCCUUGCUGUACUUUGGCUACACCGCCCUCAUGGUCCUGUCCUUCUGGCUCCUCACGGGCACCAUCGGCUUCUACGCAGCCUACAUGUUCGUCCGGAAAAUCUACGCCGCUGUGAAGAUCGACUGAAGCUGCAGAGCCCCAGCAGGGAUCAGGCGCCUCCGAACGCGUGUCCUCCCGGGAGUGACGUGGACAUCUUCUCCCAGCUCUUUUUAAGGAAACGAAAUCCAGUGGAAGAGAGAGAGAGAGACGAGAGAAAUAAUUAACUCCUCGAUUUGGAAUGUAACUUUUGGCACAGUGUACAUGGAUUCUGGGCUACUUCUGGGGGAAAAGGGGUCUGUAGAUACCGUACAUUUUAACUUUAUUAUCCUGUUCCAUAUUUGAGGGAGUUUUUUUUUAGCAGAGAAAUAUCCCUCUGUAUAAGUAAAACCCCCUUUUUGCUAAUUCAUCCUUUUUUUUUUUAUGUUGAUGACGAAUGGAUUUGAAACAGCAGUGGAAACACUUGUGAAAACGUUUUCUUCCAGCCCCUGGGGUGCUCUAGGAUUCAGGGAGACUCUUCAGACGAGCAUCAGACUGGGUUUUUCUCCUGCCUUCGUGUCUGCACAGAAGAGGGAGCUUGACUAUGGCAAAAUAACCGGAGCCUAAAGGCUCACCCAGCGGGAGUCCGGUGUGCUCCAACCACCGAAGUCCUGGCUUCGGCUUGUUUACAAUUUGCUGGAGGUGCCAUUUGGAGCCUGGGAAGUGCAAUUUCACCCUGGGAGAGCUUGACAACUGCAGCCCUCGGCAUCGCCGCUCCCUCCCUCCAGCCUCGGACAGCACGGGCCGCUGCGGGUGCCUCUGCUGAAAGGGCUGAGGGGAGGAGGGUGGGAUUGCCUCUCCUUCAGAAGGCAGGAUGUAACCUCCGGGGUUGUGCUGGAAUACAGGACUGGAAGGACGCCUGAGGUACCGAUCGGGGUUUGUUCUGUCAAUAGCUCUGCUCCAUAUGGAUGAGGAAACGGGGCGGGCUCCAUCCUGGGAACGCCGCUGGGAUCACGCGGAGCCUGCGGAGAGAUGGAGGGACGGCUGCGGUGCUGCGGCGUUAGUGCCAAGCAAUCUGAGGCAGUGCUGGGCCUGAGCUGCCCCAGGGGUGUGCAGGCCGUGCUGAAGGGGCUGGGCACAGAGCAGGUGGCCCUGUGGAGCUCGCCCAUGGCCUGGGAGUGGGGCUGUCUCCCUGCUGGUCCCCUCUCUGGCCACCCUCGCUGCUCUCUGCUCCUCCUCUGAAAUUCUCUACCUCCAGGGAACAGGAAAAGCGUAUGCCCCUAAGCUGUACUUUGUUCUUCUCCACAAAAACCAGUGCAAGCCCUCCAGGACAGCUGAUGUGGGCUCUUUUCACGUGGCUUGAUGCCUGAAUUGGCCCUUGGGAAGCUCUUUUUAAAAGAGGUCAAAGUUAUUUUUUAUUUAGGUCACUUCGAUGAUGUUUAUCAGUAAAAAGGUUCCACAUUGCAGUGCAGACUCCCUACAUCCCCAGAGUAGCUGGAUUCAGUCAGGGCUACAGGGCAGAGGUUUUUUAGUGAGAUCUAAGAAAGUUUUGCUUCUUGUAGUAAGGUCUCCCAAUGACCAGCUGCCACAGGUCACGCUGUUCCUACCCAGAACUGCCCAAAGCCCUCCCUGCUCCCAGCACUGAUGUGCACCCUUGAGGGCUUUGGGGCUCUUUUUAACCCUAAUUGUCAUCAGUUUCCACCAGGUCCACGCAAGGGCCCAUGUCCUUUCCCGUCAGCCUUGCUCAUCAUGCCAAAGUCCAAUCAGCCAGGAAUCAUGGAUGGAAAAAGGGAGCAGGGGAUGUGUGAGCCAGCUGUGCUAUGGAGUCCUGUGUCAGUUCUAAUUUGAGGUCCUUUUCUGAGAUUUUGAUUGAUUUAUUUUUUUUUCCCUUCCCUUUUUUUUCUUCUGCCCCUGCCCCAGUGGAGAGGCUCAGCCAGCAUUGAUUUCUCUCCCUUUCCUGAACUGUUUUCUCUGUAUUCUUUGUAAUUUUUAAUUAAUGUAUGUAUUCUUUGUGUCCUAUUGUAAAUAAAUCUGCCAUUGUCCUGUCA